AUGACGACUCAGUCAAAGUUCAUAAGUCUAUCAGCGCCACAUGACUUGGAUAUAGUAUCUGAUUUGAAGUUUUCACCCUUUCAGAAUCAUUUUUUGUUAUCAUCAUGGGACAACCGGGUCUUACUCUAUGAUUGUUCCGAUGUCAAUCAAACAAGAGCGUUCACGCAAAUUAAUUCCGACUGUCCUGUUCUUCGACUCGCAUAUCCUGAAGGAAAGAAUACAGCUUACGGUGGGAGUCUUGAUGGUAGUAUAAGACAGAUUGAUUAUGAGAAUUUAACUCUCGACUCAGAGAAUUUGAAUAGCACAGAUGAAGGAAUAGAUAAUGGAAUAAACAAUCUAUGUCCCCUUCCAGCAAUGCCAAAUGUGCUAAUUGCAAGUAAUUUUAAUGGUAGCGUUCAAAUGGUUGAUACUAGACAGAUAAGAAGUGUUUUCAAAAGAAAAAUGGACUCCAAGGUGUUUCAAAUGGAUACUACCAAGAACCUAGUCGUAAUGACGUUAAAGUCGAAUAGGAUUGAAAUCUAUGACGCCAGGGAUAUGGAGAAACCUCUUGAAGUAAGGGAUACUGGGCUCUCGUAUCAAAUAAAUGACCUUAGGUGUCUUCCUCUGGGAGACGGCUUUGGAGUAUCAACUAUUGACGGUAGGGUUUCGAUGGAAUACUUUGAUCCUUCACCAGAGGUCCAGUAUUCCAAAAGAUUCACGUUCAAAUGCCAUAGGUCGCAUGACAAGAUCACUGAUACAGAUUUGGUUUAUCCUGUGAAUGCGAUACAAUUCAAUAAAGUGUCAAAGACGUUGUUCACGGGUGGCUCCGAUGGGAACUUAUGCCUAUGGGAUUAUGAUCGCAGAAAAAGAAUGAAAAUUUAUCCCACAUUCGUUGAUGGCAAUACCAAUGAAGUGGAGAGUAUAGUGAAAUUGUCACUUAGCUACGACAAUCGACUAAUAGCGGUAGCUACCAGCGAUGAUGAUUUCAAAAAUUCCAAGACGUUGGGGGGCAUAUCAAAAGUGAAAACACCCAGUAAAGUCUAUCUACGAGAACUCCUCCCCACUGAGUGUAUACCGAAGCCCUAG